AUGGCUACGUUACUCACUACUCGACAUUGGGGAUCAGACGAAUCGUUUAAUUGCUUUGGCAAGAUGUUUGUGAGCAAGUUCACAAAAUCGCAAGAAAACCGUAACAAUAACAUAUUAACUCCAAUAUCUGAUUACGCGAAUGCAGAUAAAUCCCUUAAACAGUCUGCGAAACGAAACAUCGUUUCGAAAAUUACAAAAUUGAAGACCAAGACCUACAACGAAAUUAUUUUAGAAUCUAGCCACGUAAGUGUAGUAUGAUUUUCGUUCGAAAUGACACGCACAUUGAAAAAUAUAUAACUUAACCCCGCAGUGUACACAGUGAACUUGAGAAACAUAAAUAUCCACAUGCAGAUACCAGAAAGUGAAUUACUAGAUAUGUUACAAACGAUGGAGCUCGAUGCUAUGUACAUAUACUACGUACUUUAACCCUCGAAGUACGAGCCUGGGUACACACACGUUCCAGAUCCACUCACUCAAUUUU